UAGAAGCAUGGAUCAGCAAGUGGGGUACCGCAUCCUAUCAGCGGCAUUAACCGUGUACCGAGACGUGCACUUUGGGCCCUGCUACCGCUGACGGAGAAGGAGUGCAAGGAAUGGGAUGUCCUGCCGGGACCUACCAGCAGUUUGCUCUUCUUGUGUUGGAAAUGAGUGGCGAAGACUUUAUGCAGAGACGGACCACUCCGGCUGUGCUGGUGAGCAGUUUGGGAACGGAGGCGUGAAGCUCAGAAUUUACAGGGCGAAGGACAUUAAGGAGAGUUGUCAAGAUUUUGCAGGAGACUGGUAAUCGCAAACACCUAGGGUACCGGUACUGCUGGCAUCCAGUGCUGAUGUAACAAGAUAUCUUGGCCCGAGCCGCAUUUGAUAUGUAUUCCUGCCUGGAGUAAGGAGGGGUGGUGACUGUGACAGGACUUGUACUACGCUCAGGUUAAACAUUCCACUUAAAUAUUCGUGCCUAAGGACACGCAUAUGGCGUGUAAUGCGAGCAAAACUGUUUGACAAUGUCAUCAUUCUUUUCCCAGACCUUCUUUUUCUUAUCAGGAAGCGGGUGCUGGUUUACUUACAAAGGAAAAGAUAAAAACUGUACUAUUGCUACACAACUAUAAUGGAAAUGAAAUGUGCAUCUUCACUGAUUGCAUGGCACUUUAGCUUUCCUUUGGGAGUAGUAAUUCACCCGGUAAAGGCAGUUUUGCUGAUAUUAAACUGGAAGUGGAUUUGCAUUUCAAAAUCAUUUUGAUACAAUAAUAGCUAUCUAUCUGCAUCAGGUGAAAUCAUCAGAAAGCUUACAAGCCUGUGCAUCAGUGCAGUCCUGAUUUUAUUGCCCCAUCUUUAAGGAACACUCCAUACUGCUGCAGUGGGAAUGGGCACGCUUUCCUUGGACUGCAGCACAGAAAUGUCGGAAAUGGCUGGGGUAUAUAUUUUGGAUUCAGCUGAUUCUGCAUCUAUAGGUGCUUUAUUAAUUGUGAGGCUGAACUAGUUUGGUAUUGAUAUUAUUACUGAUAUUACUGAUAAUGCAGUAACAUCCACAACAGGUUUACCCAGAAAGUUGAAAGGCUCCAUUCUUCUUUUUUUAAUAAUUGUAUGUUACAGUCUACUGUUUAUAUGCAACAAUGAUGGACAAUGUUUGGCUGGCUAUAUUUUCAACACCUAUCUUCAGUUUCACUUUAUAUUUCAAGAAUUAGAAGCAUUUUACUUGGAAUACAGAAAUUCAGUUUUAUGCACAAUUAUAUGGACAAUGUAGCAAAUUCAAGAAUAUCAACAUAAAUGAACAGAAACUUCUGGAGGUAUCAAAUCAAGCAGUGAAAACUCUGUAGUUAACCUUGUCAUGCCUUCCAUCUCCAGAGUGCAAGUUCUGUUGCUGCACUGAAUCAGCUGUUGAUAGAUGAAAUCUGGAUUCGCACCAUUAAUUGGAAGUUCUUUUCUGCUGUGCUAGAAGCAAUGCCUUCUCCAUCUGAUUCUAGUCGAUCCCUGAGUCCUGGGACAUCUCGUAGCCUCUCUCGGCUUGGUGUGCAGAGAGCUCGUUCUCAGCUCCUGCUAGCACUGGGGUUUAUUCAGAUGACUUUGGGGUUCAUGAUCAUAGCCUUCAGCUUUGUGGCUGUCACUAUCACAGCAUCAGUGAAAAUCCGUCAGUCCUGUCCAUCUUGGGCUGGAUUUCUGGUAGUAUUGUCUGGCAUGAUUGGUAUCUUGUCUUGGAAGAGGCCUUUCACAUUAGUAAUGACAUUCUUCAUGGUUCUUUCAGCAAUCUGUGUGAUUCUGAGUCUGGCUGGGGCAAUAUUAACCUGUCAAAAUGCGCAGCUGGUGAAGUCUCUAGAAGCUUGUGAAACGGCUCACAAGGAGAAGAAGCUACUGUGUGUGUGCUGCGAGAGCCUGUUGGACCAGCCUCCUGACUGCAACCAUCUGGUGGGAGUAUUGACGAUGUACCCGUAUCCAGACUGCUGGACAGCACGGAUGACCCUCAAGGAUCUCUUGUUUGGUGUCUGUGGUCUGAGCAUUCUGUCUGCUGUCAUCUGCACGCUGUCAUCUGUUGUUUGCUGUAUCCAGAUCUUCUCUCUCGACGUUGUACACAUUUUGGUUCCUCAGAGGUCUCGGUCAUUAAACCCAGAGUGCAUCACUCCUCCAGAACCUUUCCUGCAAAACAUGUUGGACUUUGAUGAGUUUAUCCCACCAGUACCCCCUCCUCCCUACUACCCCCCUGAAUAUACCUGCAGCUCAGAGACAGAUGCACAGAGUAUCACAUACAAUGGCUCAAUGGAUAGUCCGGUGCCACUUCACCCCACAGACCUCCCUCCAUCCUAUGAAGCUGUUAUGGGGCAAAGAUCUGACAGCCAGGCUACAUUAUUUGAUGCACAUGCUCACGUAUCCCGCUCUAGUGCCUGUGAAAGAAUUACCUCAACUGUCUUCAGCGGGGAUAUGUCGAUGGACAGCGGCUCCCUGAUGAUGUCAGAAAUGAUUGACAUGCCUGAUGACAGCAGUCCAUCUGAGGACUCGUGCUUGCUGGAGGUACAAGGAUCCAUGAGAUCAAUGGAUUAUGUUCUUUUCAGAUCCAUGCAGCGAAGCAGAGCUGAUUACUGCCUGAGUGUGGAUUGCAUCCAGUGUGGACAACACCGUCAAAGCCCUAAACCUGGACCAUGCACCCAUCCUCUACCAGACUCAGAUCCUAGGGCUAGAGGUGAAAGGUCAUACUCUUGUUCAACUCCAAGUGCUUGUUAUGAUGGUCCUCAAAUGGAGGAAGAUGAUGUCACACGGAGCUGCAACAGGCUGGAGACCAUUGGGCAACCAGAAGAACCUUGCAUCCCAGAAAUCAGGGUGAGAUCAUGUACACCCAGACAGCAGAGCUUUUGUUCUGAGGAGACCAUCUGUGGCUCUGGCAGCUCAGUACCCCUGGGCUCAGAACGACAAUGUCCUCAGCGAAGAUACAGUGAGAACUCACGACCUCUGACACCCACCAGAGGACUUGCACCUAACCCUCUAAUGAGGUCACACAGUGAUCCUGGACUUACAGCUUCCAGUGAGGCAGGGGACUGUAGCAGCUCCUGUCAUACCAAAGCAGCUGACAGAAUUUCACAAUCAUCCACUGAAACAGCUCCUUGUUCAGAAGCUUGCUUGCUUCCAGUCUCCACCUCUGGUACACCUGAAGUACUUCGACGAAGAUCUACUGGCAAAAGCAAACUUCCUUCAAAAUCCAAAGUAGUACAGAGGCUCUCACAGGCUGGAACUCGCUCACUGGGAGACCUGAAAGUAUGUCGAGGUCCAAGGGUGCUUGUAGCCAAGUUCCUGCAGAAGUCCAAGAGAAAUCUUGCAGUAGGCACUGAGCAUGCUGGCAGCAGCUCACAGAGCCAGAAACGAAAGGUAGAAUCAGGAACACCCCUUGAACAGAUGCUACGUAAUCCUUGGCAUUUGAGCAGAGUUCAGCAGCAGGAGGGAAUUCAUCUGCGCAGCUGUGGGGACCUCAGCUCUACCUCUUCUGUCUGGCGUCUGCUGUCCAGUGGUGGGAUGGAGCACAGCAGACCUCACAGCUACAAUGGCAUCCACAAGGAAACCGUGCUCUGACAGAGCUAUCAUCCUUAUAAUUGGUUAAAAGGGAGUGAGAAUUCAUGUUUUGGCACUUUUUCACACAAAUAUAUGCAAGCAUGGCUGUAGGACAGCUCUCACGUGAAACUGAACAGGAGAUGUACUAUAAGAACAUUUUCUGAUUAGGCUACCAUCUUCCCAUAGAGGUCAGCUUUGGAGAGUUGUUCCAUUCCAAACCUGUUUAAUAGUACAUUUCACUGAGAUAUAUUACAGUGAACUUUUUGAUAAAUUAUAAUCAUAACUAGACUUAUUACAUAUUGAUUAUGGAAAAGGGCAUACUCUUUAUUAUAAUUAUAUGCUGAACAAAGAAAAAGUAACUCCCCAACAAUCCGAGUGCUAAAACAUAGAAUACUAAGAUUAUUUUUGCAUUUUUGGGAACAGACUUUAAUCCAUGCUGGUAUUUCAAGGUGCUAUGUUUUACUUCUCUGAAAUCUUGAAGAAGAUCUGUAUAAAUUCUGACAACAUACCAUAGGCAUACUGACCUAUAAUUUAUUUAGUGCUGCACUUUAUGCCACUGUUGAGAAUGUUUAAUGACCAAUUCCCAGGAAACAAAGCAAGACAAGAUAUAGCGCAAAUGCAGCCCCAGUUGGAACAUGAGAAACUGUAACCUAAAGUGAAGAUAUAAAGUGCAUCUUAGUGAGACAGUUCAUAAUAUUCUAUCUUAAAGGACAUAGAAUGCUGCUACCUAGCGUCUAAAGAAUGUUCUAGAGAUAUAUAUGUUUUUUUUUUUUUUUUUUUACAGCAAUGUAUAAUGAAAGUGUAUACUUACCAAGUUACAUAGAGUUUACAGUGGGCAAGACACCCAUUAAAUAUUUUAGAAAAGUGAGUAUAGGUAGAGAUCUGAGAGUCUGCCACUGUACUAGUGAACUUCUGUCUAGAAGCAUUGUUAUCUGAAUGUACCAACACAAUAUUGUUACUUAUUUUAACAAAGCACCUGUCAACUAGGUCAGUAAUUUUGUCACUGAAUACAUUUUAUAAUACUUAGCAUAAAAAUGGACUGCCUAGCCAUCUGCAGUGAGAAGGCUCACAUAUUCAUUUUAGACAUGAGGCUUUUGUCUGUCCUCUUGAAGUGUAUCAGGACUUUGUUAAUGAAAGCACUAAGUAACAUAGUAUGUAGUCAAUAUAGGUGUAUAUUAUGGAGCUUAUAAGUGACACAGAGGUAGUAGUGUCAUAAUGGAAGAAAAGGACAUUAAGCACAUCGAUUAAAGAUGAGUGCAGAAUGAGAAAAAAUAAAAUAAGCACAAAGUUGCCAGAAUGCACACAUACAUAUAUCGUGUGUGUGUGUGUGUGUGUGUGUGUGUGUGUGUGUGUGCGUGUGUGUGUGUGUAAACAAAAGGGUAAAAAGUACAUAGACAAACCAUUCAGUGAAACUGCAAGAAAAUCCCAGCCAAGCUAACUAUAUAUAUAUAUAUAUAUAUAUAUAU